AUGAGAUACUUCGCAUAUCCCUUCCCUGUUCAAGGAAACGCAUAUUCUCGCAUAACCGAAAGCCGCCGUAACGACAUCACGAUUGGGCUUCAAAGCUCCGAAAGGAUCUCUAGCCGCACAUCUCGCCAACCACCCACCAAAGAGAGUGACGAUACGUACAUCCAGCGUAUUGAAGAGAAACACGCCAAUACAGUAGAUAAAUCAGACCCCAAGCGCGGCGAUUUCGAACGAGCGAUCUCCAAGAAAUUGAAGGGAUUGGCAAAAAAGACAUUCCAAGCUUUUUGCAAAAAGCCAAAGAACACCAUCCAAGCUACAAACCCGGGACAUAAAGCCAAUGCAUAUGGCCAGUACUCACAGCCAUAUGUUUUCUGCGUGCGGUAUUUCUCUACAACACAACACUACCUGGGUAUUGUCGAAGGAUUCCUCAAUGCCGCGUUUGAGGGAUAUAUGAGUUCAGGAAUAGCGACCCCUUGUACGCUCAUGUACUGGUGUCGGUCUUUCGCAUUUCUUCUUCGCACUGCGCGGAUAAGCGAAGAAGAAGAUUCCAGAAGCGACUAUGCUUUCGUCACAUCUGAUGACGAUCAAACCUUCAGCCGCACGGGGAUACCCAGCGAGAAUCGCACAGCACCCAAACCAUUACAAAGGGUCAGAGGAGCGCCUCGAAGACACGUAUAUGCUGAUAAAGAGACACAAACAACACCAAAUUUGCAACAAAAAUCGCCAUACACUACCUCAGCAUACGCGUCAUCAACCUACUCAACCUCUACCAUGCAAACCUCCUUAGAUACCAUCCAUACUGAGCCUAGCACCUGUCAUGGAAUCCGCCCAACAGAUUCCAGACCGUCCAAACCCUCCGAAGCAUGCCCCAUGACGGACAGCGCUAUCGAACUCCACACUCUCACACCCGCCUACCCUCAUCGUUACCCGCCUGGCAUCGUUGUCAUCAAGACGCUCGACGAACAAGGCAUCGAAGUUUUCGAAGAAACAGAUCUCACGCAUCGAAAUGCUCUCUUCAUAGACCUCAAGCCCACUGUAGCCACAAAGGUUGAGCUUACUGGUGUUGUGCAAAGAACAGGGAGAGCUGGGUUGAUGGAGAGAGCUUUAGGGAGGAUUGUUGACGCACUGGCAAGAGAUGAAGAUGACAGAUGACUUGAGGAAGAAACAGAGCACCCAAGACCUAUGGCCUGAUAGUGGCGUUAGAGCCACAUGCACGACGCAUCGUUACGUUGCGUCAACGUUGCCGCUGCAAUACUAUUCAGCAGUCACCUUCGGUUACUCAACACUCAUGACCAACUCAACAGAAACAGACACGCUCGGCUAGUUGACUGUAUCCGCGGUCAUUAAACAGGCGACGAGAAAUAAUCCAAAACUGGAAGCUGAGAUAUGGUUGAUUGCUUAAGGACUCUCGCUGUGAGCUGGUUAACGUUGAGGACGGGGCUAUCAAGAGAUGCAUACAUCAAACUGCCAGCCUACUAAGGAUGGAUAGACGUAAGUUUCAUAUUGGUGGAACGUUCUCGCGGUGACCUUUGAUCGUGGUCGGGACGAAAUAUUGGUAUGAAAAGGAGCGCAGCUUAUGGAACGCGUUGGUUCUUUUAUGUUGAGGAUAGCCCAAAACAUCACUGACAACUCC